GCCCGCCCGCCGCGCUCCCUCCCCGCCUCCCCCCCCUCCCUCCCGCCCUCCCUCCUCCUCCUCCCGCUCCGCCCGGAGCGCCCUUCGCCCAACGCCGUUACCGGCGCCGACACAGCGCCGCUCACCCAAGGCCCGAGCGCUGCCACAGCCUGAGCCGACCCCACCAUGGACACCGGAGUCAUCGAAGGGGGUCUCAAUGUCACACUCACCAUCCGGCUACUCAUGCACGGAAAGGAGGUGGGAAGCAUCAUUGGGAAGAAAGGGGAGUCCGUGAAGAAGAUGCGUGAGGAGAGCGGAGCUCGCAUCAACAUCUCGGAAGGGAACUGCCCCGAGCGGAUCAUCACCCUCGCGGGACCCACCAACGCCAUCUUCAAAGCUUUUGCGAUGAUCAUUGACAAACUGGAAGAGGACAUCAGCAGCUCCAUGACCAACAGCACAGCUGCCAGCCGGCCCCCGGUCACCCUCCGACUUGUGGUCCCUGCCAGCCAGUGCGGGUCCCUCAUUGGGAAGGGAGGCUGCAAGAUCAAGGAGAUCCGAGAGAGCACGGGGGCACAGGUCCAGGUGGCAGGGGACAUGCUGCCCAACUCGACUGAGCGAGCCAUCACCAUUGCUGGGAUCCCACAGUCCAUCAUCGAGUGCGUCAAACAGAUCUGCGUCGUCAUGCUUGAGUCUCCCCCGAAGGGUGUCACCAUCCCGUACCGACCCAAGCCAUCCAGCUCUCCCGUCAUCUUUGCAGGCGGCCAGGACAGGUACAGCAGCGGCAGUGCGAGCUACCCCCACACCGCCCCAUCCAUGUGCCUCAACUCUGACUUGGAGGGACCACCUCAGGAGGCCACCCGGCAGCCACUGCAUGGCAACGAACUUGGGCCAAUUCCAGCCUGGGCUGCAGUUCUUCCGGCCUAUACCAUUCAAGGACAGUAUGCCAUUCCACAGCCAGAUCUGACCAAGCUGCACCAGUUGGCAAUGCAACAGUCACACUUUCCAAUGUCUCAUGGCAACACUGGAUUCAGUGGCAUUGACUCCAGCUCUCCAGAGGUGAAAGGCUAUUGGGGUUUGGAUGCCUCUGCUCAAACCACCUCCCAUGAACUCACCAUUCCAAACGAUCUGAUUGGCUGCAUCAUCGGGCGUCAGGGCGCCAAGAUCAACGAGAUCCGCCAGAUGUCCGGGGCGCAGAUCAAGAUUGCCAACCCCGUGGAAGGAUCUACUGACCGGCAGGUGACCAUAACUGGAUCUGCAGCGAGCAUCAGCCUGGCCCAGUAUCUAAUUAAUGUCAGGCUCUCCUCGGAGACCGGGGGCAUGGGCAGCAGUUAGGGGGGCCCCGGACCCCCCCCAGCCUCGCCAUCCAUCUGCGGCCCCUUUAGCACCGACCCAGGUUUUAACUAGUUUGUACAUUUUCGGUUCCUCCAGCCUCGCGCCACUCACCAGGUUCAGUUGGUUUCAUUUUUGUUCUGGUUUUUGGUUUUUUGUUUUUUUUUUUUUCCUCGGGUUUUUUUGAAUUAAAAGAGAAAAGCAUUUUAAUUCCUUUCGUUCAGCUCUCUUAAAAAAAGCUGCUGAACCCCAAAUCUUAGUUUUAUAAAGCUUCUCUCUCCUCUCCCCUCCCUUUCCCCGCACCUCCCUCCCUUUCUCCCCCCCCCUCCUUUUUUCGGCUCAUGAAGUUUCUGUUUUUGUCAUAAAAUGUUAAGAGUGGAAAUAAAAAAAAAGGCAAAAAAAACCCAAACCCACAAAAAAGAAAAAAACACACAAAAAAAAAACAUUUCAGUUUAGUUCUGUAACGUCAGGAAAUUUUUCAAAAAAAAACUGAAUAAAAAGAUGGACUGGAGCUUUUCCUUGUGAAUAGAACCUGCAGGAUAUUUUGGUUAAUGGA